AGAGCGAGCCCCGUCGCCACGGCAACGGGGCGAAGGCAGAGCCAGGCCGAACCGGGCCAUGGCAGCUCUGGACUCGCAAUCCCCAGGGACUGGUGGCGAUGAGGCUUUGGAGGAAGACGAAGAGGAGCCAGAGCCGGGCCUGGAAGAUCCCGAGAAGCUGAUCCCGGGGAUUGGGCGUGGGGGGCUCCUGACCCGACGAGGGGUCACCCUGCGGGUGCUGCUCAAAGAUGGGCUGAUCGAACCAGGGACGGGGGUCCUGUCGAUCUACUACCUGGGGAAGAAAUUCCUUGCAGACCUGUUGCCUGAUGGGAAGAUCAUGUGGCAAGAGACGGGGCAAGUGUUCAACUCACCCAGCGCCUGGGCCACUCACUGCAAAAAGCUGGUCAACCCGGCCAAGAAGUCGGGCUGCGGUUGGGCCUCCGUCAGGUACCAGGGACAAAAGCUGGACCAGUAUAAAGCUGCCUGGCUCAAAAAGCACCAGCCCAAUGCCCCCGCAACUGAUGAGAGCCUGCUCAGCGAGGGGGAGGAGGAGGAGCCGCCCCCCCCGCAGCCCCCGCCGCCCCCGCCACCGCCGGAGGAGGAGGAAGAAGAAGUAGUGCCACCCCAGGAAGAGCCCGAGUCCCUGAACAAGAACCGUGCCCCCGUCCGCUACUGCACCCUGGGCAGCCGGGACUCCGGCAGGAGCCCCCAUACUCUGGUCGAGGUCAUGUCCUUCUCGGCCAUCAACAAGUUCCAACCGUUCAACGUGGCCGUUUCCAGCAACGUCCUGCUGCUGCUGGACUUCCACAGCCACCUGACCCGCAGCGAGGUGGUGGGCUACCUAGGGGGUCGCUGGGACACGAACAGCCAGUUGCUGACCGUCCUGAGAGCCUUCCCGUGUCGUUCCCGCCUGGGUGAUGCCGACACAGCAGCUGCCACGGAGGAGGAGAUCUGCCAGAACCUGUACCUCCGGGGGCUAGUCCUGGUGGGCUGGUACCACAGCCACCCAUUCAGCCCGGCGCUGCCUUCACUGCAGGACAUCGACGCCCAGAUGGACUAUCAGUUGCGGCUGCAGGGCAGCGUCAACAGCUUCCAGCCCUGCCUCGCCCUCGUCUGUGCUCCUUAUUACCCAGGGAACCAGGGACCGGAGUCCACCAUCUCUCCAUUCUGGGUCAUGUCACCCCCUGAGCAACGUCCCAAUGACUACGGGAUCCCCAUGGAGGUAGAGAUGGCUUACGUCCAGGAUGGGUUCCUGACCAAUGACAUCCUUCAUGAAAUGGUCCAGUUGGUGGAGUUUUACAAAGGGGCCUCAGACCUGGUGAAGUUCCAGGAUAACUGGAGUCAGGACCAGACCUUUCUUGACAAGCUCAAGGUAUCCCUGGCCUGCCGGACCCCCAAGGACCAGGGCUUCAACCAUGGUCUGGAGCAGAUCUACAACCUCCUCAAGCAGAACAGCUGAGGCAGGGCCAAGGAACUCAAGGGCCCCCCGCCCUACAGUGUGUGUCUGUAACCUGUCUCUCCCUACAAGGCUCCACAUCCAAUGUGCAUGUGUUUGGUGUCUUCCCCCCCCAGCCUAGGUUGACUCUGCCAGGGAGCAAAAGGAAAUAAAGUUGGUGUUUGUCUCUGCCC